GCUACCGCUCGUAGCACCGGAGAGGGCGCGCUGCAAAGGCUGGCAGCCGAGCCAGGGUAUCCCGGGAGCCGAGUCAGACACCCUCCGGAGAAAAGAAAUGAGGUAGCGACCGUCCCGGGAGCCGACCAUGCGCACGCCUGGCCCUCGGAGCCCCGCGCUGCCCCCGCCGAGCCAGCCCUAACAGUGAGCCGCGGAGCCCAAGUCCUCGGCGUCCUGCCUGUGGGAAGAUGCAGUGAGCCACGGGGGGAUUGCUGCGCGGGGCCCGCCGCGGCCAUCCGGACCCACCAUCGGAGCGCACUUGGGGCAAGCAACUGCUUCUGGGACCCGCUCAACCAAGGGGCUCUCUGCCUCCAGCACCCCUUGGAGGUGGGGAGUAGCGACCCCUGGGUACACUCGCGGUUGAGUUUCCGCGGUUUCUGGCCCUAGCGACUGUGUGUGUGUGUGAGAGGGGGGCCCUUAUUCACCUUCGCCGAGGUGUUCCUGCGUAUUCUCGCACCACCCCGGCUGCUUUUUCUGGGGGCUUUCUCAUUUAUUUGCACGCGCACAUCUCUUUUUUUCUAAAGACGUUUUCCGCCCCACUCUUGUGCUGUCUUUCUCUCAUUUUGCCUGCUUAAGACUCUGCCCUGAUCCUGCUCAGGCUGGGGUAAAUCUGUGUGCUCCUUCCCUCCUCCCCCUUGCAGUUAGAUCUUAAAAAAAAAAAAAGAAAGAAAUUCGACCCCUACCUCUUUUGCUGGGUUCUCGAGCCUUAUACACCCCCAUUCCCCCGCCCCCACUCCUGAUUGGGCCACUCCCAGCAGUUUUAUUUUUCGGUCUUGCCCGGGCCGAGCCCGGCCGGGGCGGGUGGCUCAGCCGGGAUCUCAACCGGCGCUCCGCCGCCGCCGCCCAGCUGCGCGGGGGCACCCUCCGGAGAUGCUGCCGUGGAAGAAGCACAAGUUCGAGCUGCUGGCCGAGGCGCCGCCACGGCAGGCGUCCAAGCCCAAGGGCUACGCGGUGAGCCUGCACUACUCUGCGCUCAGCUCGCUAGCGAGGGCGUGCCCCGAAGGCGCGCUCAGCCGGGUGGGCAGCAUGUUCCGCUCCAAGCGCAAGAAACUGCACAUCACAAGCGAGGACCCCACUUAUACUGUGCUCUACCUGGGCAAUGCCACCACCAUCCAGGCGCGCGGCGACGGCUGCACCGACCUAGCGGUGGGCAAGAUCUGGAGCAAGAGCGAGGCGGGCCGUCAGGGCACCAAGAUGAAGCUGACUGUGAGUGCGCAGGGUAUCCGCAUGGUGCACGCCGAGGAGCGCGCGCUGCGGCGCCCUGGCCACCUGUACCUGCUGCACCGCGUUACCUACUGUGUGGCGGACGCGCGACUGCCCAAGGUCUUCGCCUGGGUGUACCGGCACGAGCUCAAGCACAAGGCGGUCAUGCUGCGCUGUCACGCGGUACUCGUGUCGAAGCCCGAGAAGGCGCAGGCCAUGGCCCUGCUGCUCUACCAAACGUCGGCCAACGCUCUGGCGGAAUUUAAACGGCUCAAGCGGCGGGACGAUGCGCGUCACCAGCAACAGGAGCUGGUUGGCGCUCACACCAUCCCGCUAGUGCCGCUGCGCAAGCUGCUCCUGCACGGACCCUGCUGCUACAAACCGCCGGUGGAGCGCAGCCGAAGUGCGCCCAAGCUCGGCUCCAUCACCGAGGACCUGCUCGGCGAACAGCAGGAGCAGGAGCUGCAGGAGGAAGAGGAAGAGGAGCACGCGGAGGGUUGCCCCGAGGAGGAGGAGGACCGAGCUGGGGAGGGAGAGCCGGCAGAGCCAGAGGCCGAAGCGAAGCGGGCGCUGGUGGUGGCCAUGCACUUCGAAUGCGGGGACUUGCUGGACACGCUGGAGAGUGGCCACGAGGAGGCGCUAGGGGGCGGCGGGGUCUCGCCGGGCCUUGAGGCUGGGUCGCCUCUGCUGCUGGGCAGCACCUCCGACAUGAGGGUCGAGCUUUCGCAGCUUAUUAACGACCUGGGUGAGCUCAGCUUUGGCAACGACGUGCACAGCCUGCAGGCGGACUUGCGGGUGACGCGCCUGCUGUCGGGCGAGAGCACGGGUAGCGAGAGCUCCAUUGAAGGAGGGGGCCCGGAUGCCAACACUGCCACCGCCGGGGACCCAUCCGGCCCUGCGGACUGCUCCAGCCCAGACGAGCCCCACUCGGGCUGAGCUCCCAGCAAUGUCCUGUGCGCGCCCCUGGCGCCCGAUCGUGACCCAGACGCGUCUCUCCACCACUUCCUUACCUCCCAACCUGGCCCAGGAAAGGGGAAAUGGGACACUUGAGGCCCAGACCCUCCCUCUCUACACCCGUACAAAUGGCUGUGUUUGAAGCGGGGCUCAGAUUGCAAGUGGAGAUACGGGGGAGGGGAACCCUACAAGGAAGGGGAAAGAGGUCGCCAUCUGGGGUCUGGGGAAGGGAAAGGCCGCUGGUGUUAGCAAGUUUCCUGUUUGUGGGGCAGCUGGGGCCUGAGGAGGAGGGGUUAACUUCCUCCCCCACCGGCCAUCUGGGAGGGCCUAGCGUUGUCAUUGACAUGGCAGUUUUUGUUUUUUUUUUAAAUUGCUUUCACAGUGUUUGAGGCUUUAAUGCCACCUCCUUGGACCCAGCCUUUUUGGUGCGAGAGCUUGGGUUGUUUACCUCAGACUCAGACCCUUGAAAUUCUGCCAAAUUCCUCAAAUAACUAGUGGGGAAGGGAGAGGGGUGAAAGAAAGUCGCAUUUUGUUUACAGUUAUUGACAUCUAAUACCUAGAAAAAGUUUUCCUUAAGAAACACACACACCUUGCUCCUGCUCAAAAGAUCUCACUCCGUGAUACUGUGUAAAAUAUUUUUGCACUGUUGUGAAGUAUUUUUGACAUCUUUUUUGGUUUCCUUGUACAUAACUGUGUUCUCAGAGUCCAAUGUUUAUAUCUUUUGCUGUGCAAAAGGGACAUGUAAAAUGUUGUUCAGUUGUAUAUACAGAAAUGUGUAUAAAACAUUUUGUUAUUUUUUAAGAGUAGCCGUGCUCUGGUUCUGUUUGCACGCCAGUGGGGAAGAGAAUAAAGAGGAAAAUUGGACAGAACAGGUGAGCAUCCAAAGCUGCUUCAGAACAUGCUUGGCCAUGGGAGUGGGCGGGAGAGGGUGUGACUAUGACUAGGAUAGGGUUGGGAGGCUCGUCUUUGUCCUUCGAAGGGCUUGGAGGUGAUUGAGAAGGGGGAACCUGCUUUUUGCGUAGUCUGGGGCCUUUCUUGUCCUCUGAAACUCUGGGUACCGCAGCUAGGUCCGGAUUCUUCGCUUAUUCAGUUCUAUAAGCAUCAGCUGUUUUAACCUCUUUGAGGCAAUUCUUGGAGAUGCCAGGUCCUCACUGCCAGACCUGUGAGAUGAUUUAGGGAGGGGUAACUUUCAAGGUCUUCUAGGGUUUUACCACCUCCUGUGGUUCACCUUUUCCUUCCCAAACAGCUCAAGGAGCUGUAAAGAUGAGAAUUAGAGAAUGGAUGGAAGUCCCUAUGAGGUUCUCUUAAGGAGUGGGAGCAUCUCUGUUUUUCCUGAAAGGAAAAGCAAGGAGAAAGGAAAGUUAAGUUCUAGUCAUGGCUUGAAUGAGUCACAGUGCAGGUGGAGUGGGGUGGGGAGCAGGUGGAAAAGCCCAUUUUCUUUCCUUCUACAAGCCAGCCUGACCCAGUGGGAGAGUGGUUUGGAGGUCAAGGCGGAGAAGGACUGCUAGAGCUUGGUCUGUGUGUGUGUCUUAGUGUUUUCAUGCUUGCUCUGUGUUUGUUUCUGUUGUAAAUUCCAAACAGAUGUCUCGAGUUUGGCUGCACCCGAUCAGUUGGAAGCUGUAAUAAGAUGCUGCCAAAACUGUGCCUUCUGCAAAUUGUUUUUUUCCCUUUGCCCCUGUGGGCCCUUUUUCCCUAUGUCGUAGAAAUUGAUUGCUCUCUUGGCCUUCCCUGCUGUCCUGAGGCCCUUGGUUUUGUUUUCAUUGUAAAUGUGUUCUGAGCAGAUACGCCCAGUGAUCCUUAAGGAGUCUAGA